GAUAAACCUAGGUUAGGUACAUAUUGCAUAAUGAGUUGCAAAUUUCUCAAACUAUCGAAGUUCUUAAAACAUAUUUUUCUCAAUAAUGUAGGUAUGACUGAUGUACGUACAUUCAACUAAACCGAUAACAAUUUCCGGUGUUUCGCAAUAAUUUAGGUUAGAGUAAUUGAUUUUCGAAGUGAUACUUUGUCAAUGCCAACAGAAGGUAUGCGGAAAGCUAUUCAUGAAGCUCAGGUUGGCGAUGAUCUCUACGCUGAAGAUCCUACUGUAAAUGCGUUAGAAGCCAGAUGUGCCAAGCUGACUGGAAAAGAAGCAGGUUUAUAUGUACCUUCUGGAACUAUGGCUAAUCUAAUCAGUAUUAUGGUUCAUUGUAAUGAGAGAGCUUCCGAAGUGAUCGCAGGUCAAUCUAGUCAUAUGAAUUGUUUUGAACAACGUGGAUCAAUUCAAUUUGGAGGCAUUAGUGUACGUGAAAUUCGCGAAAAAGAAGACGGAACUUUUGAUUUAGACGAGUUAAAUUCUCUCGUACGAAAAAUGGACCCGCUGAUGGAACCGACCACCAAAGUAGUCAACGUAGAAAACACUCAUAUGGUACUAGGAGGUAAAGUUUUGCCUCUGGAAUGGAUUGAUAAAUUAAUUGAAUUCGCCAAAUCCAAGAAUCUCAAAACACACUUAGACGGUUGCAGAGUAUUUAACACGGCUGUAAAAUUAAACGUCAGUGUUUCUAGAAUUACCGCUAAUUUCGAUAGUAUAACGAUAAGUUUCGGUAAAGGUCUCGGAGCACCGAUAGGUGCAAUGGUCAUAGGUUCGUCUGAUUUUAUCAAGAAAGCUCGAAGAGUAAGAAAAGCUUUAGGAGGAGGUUGCAGUCAGAUUGGAUUUAUGGCUGCUGCAGCGAUGUAUGCGUUAGAUAACUUGGACCAUUUGCAAGAUGAUCAUGAACAUACUCAAAUGAUCGCUCAAGCUAUUCGAGAAGCUGGAAAUCCUUACAUCACUGUUCCAAAAGCUGAAAAUAUUCAUUCGAACAUUCUCAUGAUUUCUAUCGAUACGAGUAAACUUACUCCUAAAAAGUUUAUCGGACGGUUGAAUAAGUUUUCAAUUCAAGAUGAAGAUCCAGUGAUGAUAAAAGCUUUGCCAGUUGGUGAUCGAACGGUGAGGCUCGUGCUAUGCAUCAAUAAUUCAAAAUCCGACGUUGAAGCUGCCAUUAUUAAGAUUAAAAAAGUCAUCGAUGAAUUUAGGUAGAGGUAGAAUUAUCAUAUCGAAGUAGCAGUUUAUUCUCAGAAAGAGUAUUAUUAUAUUAAUUUUGUAUUCGUUGAGUGUGAACUCGAUUAAAUGAACUGUGAAGUACACUUGCAGGUUGCAACUUUAUUAAGUACCUUACCUACGUCACGUAUUUUAUAUUUGUGCAACUUAAUUAUGCAACGUUAUUACUUUUGUAAAUGAGUUAAAUUGAAAUUAAAUAUUAUUAUUAUCGUG